CACUUAUGCAACUCCGCUUACUUCCGGUGUAAACAGAAACUGCUAGAAUCCACGUCCGGUCAUUGUAAACAUCUAUUGAAGAAAAUGGGCAUAAUGGAUAUGUUUCACGACUUUUUUCUUGGCUCAAGAGAGCGUCAUACUAGACCAAUAGAAGAUAAAAAUCAAUUCUUCAAGGAAGGACAGCAGAUUCCUGGCAACAGAAGAGAUGGAGAACAGAUUGAGGAUUUUGACAGAAUUUUCACUGAGAGUUUUAUUGACAUGGAAAAACACAUGGAAAUGAUGCAAAGAGAAAUGGAGACCAUAUUUCAUAGAUUUGGAGCAAUGCACAUACCUUUUGAAAGUUUUCCUGAGAGAGACCAAGACAGGGGAGGUGAAAAUCCCAGAGAUUCUAUGUUAAAAGAGGCAGAUUCUCCUCCAGAAAAUCAGAUUGUACCACUUCCUCCCCAACACUGGGGGCCACACCAUUUUUUUGGUGACUUUUUUAAAAAGUUUGAUGUCCAAGGACCAGCCAUCAAAGAAGACAAAGACUUAGACAAAGAAGCAAAGGACAUUGACCUAGCAAAAGUAUUCUCUGAUCCAAACUCUGGAAUUGUGUCAUCGGCGCCGCAGACAGGUGGAUUCUUCAGCAGAGGAAGUAGCAUCUCAGUAACCACCAUACGAGGAGCUGACGGGAAAAUAGAGCAAAAGAAGACAGUAAGAGACUCCUCAGGUCGAGAGGAGACAACUGUGACUCGGACAAUAGGAGAACAAAGUCACACUGUGACCACCAAAGUGGACCCCUCAGGAAUCCCAGAAACAACAGAAACCUACACUAAUGUGGAUCAAGGAAGUCAAAAAGACUUUUAUGACAAGUGGGGCCAUUCCCCAAGAAAUUCCAGUCAGCCAAUGUUACCCCCAGAUCAUCCAGCAGGAAGUCCAGGACGAAGUGAUGACAACCGAUAUGAUGACAAGUCCUUCUAUGAUAGGUUGUUUGGAGUAAGGCUGUUUGGUCCAAAAGAUGAGAAAUGAAUUGUAUUUUGACAAGUUCAUGUGUAUUGUAAAUUAUUGAGUGCUACAAUUUUCAAGUUGCCACUGUCUUUCAAAUGUUAAGUGCAGAGUAUGAAACUUUGUUUUAUUGAAUCAUCUGUGCGGUGUUAACAAGUCAUUCAUAUUCAUGCCAAAGAGUUUUAGAACAAAAUAUGUGUCACAUUUAGAUUUAGUUAUGUGUAGGUUUGAUUCAUAUGAUUUGCUUUCUUAAAAGCAGAUCACAUUGGAGUUGAUAUUUGUCAUCAUAUUUACUUCGAAUGUGUUAUAAGAAUUCCUCUUUGUUACACAUAUGACUUAUGAUAUGAAAGUUUCAAAUCAUCUUCAUCACAAUACUGUACAUGUACGCGUGAUACAGGUAUAAUAUUGGUAUGGUAGGAGAACUUCAAUAAAGCUUUUUGAAAAUUC